UUGUCCUGCCACACGUGUUGCGUUCCCACUUGCGCCUGUCUGGCGCUGCGUUCCGUUGCGCGUUUCUCCGAAAGAUUACGUUACGUUUGCCCCAUCGAGGCAGAAAUCAAAGCGAAAUAAUAAUAAUUAUUGUGUGAAUGGAAAGUGGAGUGCACAAACAAGAGAAUAUACUAGCAUUUCAGUGUGAAAUUGGAGCCAAAAAAUAAACAACGUGAAAAGCAAAAAAAAAACAAAAAUAAAGAAUGUUAAAUAGUUUAAGCAGUUUUGCUAGAACGCGGUGGAACACCAUCAAUGUGAGUGCUGCGGCGGCUUCUGGGCUCUACUGUUAGAGCGCCGCGCUCCUUGAGGGGCAAUGAAAUCACGGAAGCUGCCAAAGGGCUUCGUGCUUUGUGGCCUGAACUGUCUGACCUUCGUUUACUUCCCGCUCGUCCUGCCCAUCCUGAAAUGCUCGGCCGGGGCCGCGGCCGGCGCCAGCGGCAACGCCAAGGCCAGCGACGAUUUCGACUAUCGCAUGCAACGCGUCCGGAAUGUCCUGAAGGAGGUGCCCCUCAUCGACGGCCACAACGAUCUGCCCUGGAACAUACGAAAGUUCCUCAAGAAUCAGCUGAAGGACUUCCACUUCGGUGGCGAUCUCCGGGAACUGGCUCCCUGGUCGUCGAGUGCCUGGAGCCACACAGACCUGCGCCGCCUCAAGGAGGGCAUGGUCUCGGCACAAUUCUGGUCAGCCUACGCCCCCUGUUCGUCGCAGCAUCUGGAUGCCGUGCAGCUGACACUGGAGCAAAUCGAUCUCAUCCGGCGCCUGGUGCAGCUUUAUCCUCAUCACAUGGCUCUUGUGACGACGGCCACGGGCAUCGAGCAGACACAUCGCACGGGGAAGAUCGCCAGCCUGAUAGGGGUGGAGGGUGGACAUGCCAUCGGCACCAGUCUGAGUGUCCUGCGGAUGUUCUAUCAGCUCGGCGCACGAUACUUGACUCUCACACACACCUGCAAUACACCUUGGGCGGACUGUUGCAAAGUUGACGAGCCCGGAAAGUAUCCACACAUUGGCGGACUCUCGCAGUUCGGCAAGUUGGUGGUCAAGGAGAUGAAUCGUCUUGGGAUGAUUGUUGAUCUGUCGCAUGUGUCGGUGCCAACAAUGCUGGAUGCUUUGGCCGCCUCUAGGGCGCCGCUCAUCUUUUCGCACUCCUCGGCGCAUGCCAUCUGCAACAGUUCCCGCAAUGUGCCCGAUCAUGUCCUGCAACGCAUUGCAAUAAAUGGCGGUCUGGUUAUGGUCGCCUUUUAUCCACAUUUCGUCAGCUGCUCGGGACAGGCAACACUGCACGAUGUUGUUGCGCAUAUCAACCACAUAAGGGAGGUGGCUGGCAUCGAUCAUGUGGGCAUUGGUGCUGGCUACGAUGGAGUCAACUUAGUGCCCAAAGGACUGGAGGAUGUGUCCAAAUAUCCGCAUCUUUUUGCUGCUCUACUCGAGUCUGAUAAAUGGUCAGAGGAGGAUAUUGCCAAGUUGGCUGGCAGGAAUCUAAUACGUGUAUUCAAGGAAGUCGAAGCGGUGCGUGAUCAAAUGGAACUCCUGCGGGUGCCACCCAUUGAUCAGUCAAUUCCAGCCGAAGACAUUAUGGGCAGAUCCUAUUGUCGUUAUCAAGGACCAAGAACGUGAUAAUUUCUUCAUAUGUAAAGUUCAUCCCCCAUUCACACAUAUACAUAUAUUCAUCCACAUACAUAUACGUACACAUAUACACACAUAUACAAAUAGAGCGAAUCUCCCGCGGCGAGAGAAUAGCAAAAAAUUAUGUCAAGCGUACGUGUUGUAAAGUGAAACUUGUUUUAGGUUAAUUGACAAAGUUUUGCUCUCUUUUUUGUUUUUGUUUUUUGUUCGUGUUUUAUUUGUUGAGUAUUGUUUGCUUGUCUAUGUGUGUGUGUAGGCAACGCGGACACACUCAGUCAUACACGGAUACUCAGACAUUUUUCAAUCGCUCAGACCUGGGGCAGUGUUGGCCAGCUGGUGCCCGCCGCUGCCAGACAACUUUGUGCGCAGCUGGCAUCGCCCAUAAACAAAUACAAAGUGGCAAGCAGAGACUGCCACAUGCCACAUACCACUGCACCCCCAACCCCAACCCUAACCACCUCUGUCCCUCCCACCCCCAGAUCCGCCAACAUUGUGUAAAUAUCAUUGCCAUGUUUAUUUUUAUCUCUAGCUCUAAGUCAGGUAGUGUCAGCGGAAAGAGUGGAAAAAGAUAACUAAAGAAAAAACCAGGAAAAAACCUGGAAAACAGCACAUAAAAGCUAGGAAAAAAGUAAUCCCUAUAAUAGCUAAAGUAAAGCACAGUUAGCCCCAAAUUAAUAAACCCGAUACAAAGUAAAAACGGGAAACCAAAAAACCAAAGCUGAUCCCCGAAAAGUCAA